GUCCACCUGCGGCUGGCCCAGGGACCUCGCAGUUCUCACGCCUGGGGUUGAAGGCAGUUGAAAGGGGAAGGGUAAAGGAGGGGCACGCACCUAGUCUCCCCCGGGUCGGAGAAGGGCUGGUGCAACUGGUCCAACCGCUGCCCGGGCGAGCCCUCCCAGCUCGAUCGUCACGUGACUCGGAGGGCGCCGGGAGCCGCAGCCCAGGGGGGGCAGCGCUAGCUCCUCGGGCUCAGCCUGUGGCUUUAGUUCCGCGCACGGAGGAAGGGCAAGAAGGGGGCGGGGGGGAAACAGAACCUGCCGCCACUGCUCCUGCCCCCUCCCCCCGCUCCAGCCGGUUCCCAGCCUCGCUCCCUGUAGCUCCAUUGCGGAAGUGGACCAGGAGGUGGCGGCGGCGGUGGCGGCUACGCUGACCCCAGGAAUCUGAGACCGGGGCCCGACCCGCUCCCCCCCCCCGCCCCCUUUUUGCUUCGAGGGCAACAAAUAGUUCUGAGCCCGUGCUGCCAGUAGCCAGGUCGGCUGCUCGCCGGCCUCCCUCCUGCUCCUCCUCCUCCUCCUUCCUCGGCGCAGCCGUCGCCGCCGUCCCCAGGCUGCAUGCUCCCGGCUCCCCCCUCCCCCGCCUCCUCCUCCCGCUCCUCCUCCCGCCGCUGCCGCCGCCGCCGCCGCCGCUGCUGCUCUCCCCGCAGCCGGCCGCGGGAGCAGUAACAUGCUCACUCGCGUGAAAUCUGCGGUGGCCAAUUUCAUGGGCGGCAUCAUGGCUGGUGGCUCGGGCUUGGAGCACGGCGGAGGCUGUGCCGGCGGCGGCGGCGGGGCCGGCUCCGACCUGCCCUUGCGCUUCCCCUACGGGCGACCGGAGUUCUUGGGGCUGUCUCAGGACGAGGUCGAGUGCAGCGCCGACCACAUCGCCCGCCCCAUCCUCAUCCUCAAGGAGACCAAGCGGCUGCCCUGGACCACGGGCUACGCAGAAGUGAUCAAUGCAGGAAAGAGCACACACAAUGAGGACCAAGCCAGUUGUGAGGUGCUAUCUGUGAAGAAGAAACCAGGAGUCAUUACUUCAACUCCAAACAGAAAUUCAUCUGCAAAGCGAAGGUCCUCUCUUCCUAAUGGGGAAGGACUCCAACUAAAGGAGAAUUCUGACACGGAUGGCAUUUGCUUCCACUACUGGUCCCUUUUUGACGGGCACGCCGGCUCCGGGGCCGCUGUUGUAGCAUCCCGGUUGCUGCAGCAUCACAUUGUGGAGCAGCUACAGGACAUUAUAGAGAUUCUGAAGAACUCUGCGGUGCUCCCCCCGACGUGCCUCGGGGAGGAGCCUGAGAACAACCCCGCUAACAGUCGGACUCUGACCAGGGCUGCCUCCCUUCGAGGAGGUGUGGGAGCCCCCGGUUCCCCGAGCACCCCUCCCACGCGUUUCUUUACGGAGAAAAAGAUUCCCCAUGAGUGCCUUGUUAUUGGGGCCAUUGAAAGCGCAUUCAAGGAAAUGGACCUGCAGAUAGAGAGAGAGAGGAGCACAUAUAAUAUAUCUGGAGGCUGUACUGCCCUUGUUGUUGUCUGCCUGUUGGGAAAACUGUAUGUAGCCAAUGCUGGUGAUAGCAGAGCCAUCAUUGUUAGGAAUGGAGAAAUCAUCCCCAUGUCUUCAGAAUUCACGCCAGAGACAGAGCGCCAGCGCCUCCAGUAUCUGGCUUUCAUGCAGCCUCACUUGCUGGGAAACGAAUUCACACAUUUGGAGUUUCCAAGGAGAGUACAGAGAAAAGAACUUGGAAAGAAGAUGCUCUACAGGGACUUCAAUAUGACAGGCUGGGCAUACAAAACCAUUGAGGAUGAUGACCUGAAGUUUCCCCUCAUAUAUGGAGAAGGCAAGAAGGCCCGAGUGAUGGCAACCAUUGGUGUAACCCGGGGACUUGGGGACCAUGACCUGAAGGUGCAUGACUCCAACAUCUACAUCAAACCAUUCCUGUCUUCAGCUCCUGAGGUGAGAGUCUAUGAUCUCACGCAGUAUGAGCACGGGGCAGAUGACGUGCUGAUUUUAGCCACCGACGGACUCUGGGAUGUUCUAGUGAACGAAGAAGUGGCUGAAGCAAUCACACAAUUUCUUCCUAACUGUGAUCCUGAUGACCCCCACAGGUACACGCUGGCGGCCCAGGACCUGGUCAUACGAGCCCGAGGCGUGCUGAAGGACAGGGGCUGGCGGAUAUCCAACGACCGGCUGGGCUCGGGAGACGACAUCUCCGUCUACGUCAUUCCGUUAAUACACGGGAACAAGCUCUCCUGAGACGGCGGCGGCAGGGACUGGGAGGGUUCUGGAGGAGAGAGCGGCCCCUGGCUUUGCGCAGGGAGGUCCGCGCCAGCGGGGGGAGGAGGUCGCCGUCCGCGGGGCAGGGCCCCCCACGCCUCUAUUCUACAACGCUUCAGGUAUCCCUUGGGUUCUACCUUCUCCCGUCUCCGUGGGACUUGGGCACGCAGCAAAGGCUUCUCCGUGUGCCUCGGGUCUCCGCUUCCUUCCGUCGGCCGCCCAGGCCCAGCUGCCCCCGGGGCCGCCGCGUAUUUAUUUUGUUCCAGAGUGGCGGGGCCUUUUCCCGUACGCCCCAGCUGGGAGGGCGGCCCAGCCAGGUGUCGGGUCUCUGGAGGGGAGGCCGGAGUCAGCCUGUUAGGGGGAGAGCUCGGGGGCGGCCUUUGCGGGGUUUGCGGUCCUUGCAUCCCCGUCUCCCAGGCCUGGAAUUUCACGGCUCCUCGCAGAAGAAUGCGGUUUGCAGCGGCGCGUGGAACAGGGUCCUGGUGACAGCACCCAUUGUGUCGUCUGGGUCAUUUUCUCUCUCCACCUUCCCGGUGCCCGCCAUUAUCCUCACUGAUCUUUCCUGUCAGGGCCCGACCCUGGAAAUAGGGAUUUCCAUUUGUCGAAACGGCCGCCUCCCUCUUUCCUCCUAUCGCCCGUCCUGUUUAAGGGAUCACUGUGUACGUGGAGACCUGUUAGCAUUUAGCAGCCGGGGUGUCUGGGAAGCUUCUUGCAUUGGCCAAAGCUCCUUUAAGGAGCCCCCCCUCCCCCCAUCCCAGGCGGUGGUUCUCCCCCCAUCCCAGGCGGUGGUUCUCCCCCCAAACGCGCCCCGUGCUCUCCUCGGACCCACCGGACUUCCCGGUCUCUUCCCCCCAGUACUGUCUGCUUCCUCCUUUCACCCUAGAUAGGAUUUCACGUGGCUGUUCACACACCAAAGCACCCGCUUCCAUACCCCCCAUCCCACCCUGGCACCUUUUUUUCCCUAAAAAGAUUCAAAAUGAGGCAAAUCUGCCGUGACUGCCGGGUGGUCCCUUGCUCGCUGUGUGGGGCCUGGAUCCAGGGGCGUGGGCCCGGAGCUCAGGGUGCCCUCGCCACACCUGCUGCUCCCUGUGGGCCGGAGACGAGGGGGAGGGGGUCGGUGGGACUGAAAAGCGCCCGCCGGCCCCCCGCGUUUCCCAUGUGUCUGAAUCCCUCCCCCUGGGGCCGCAUCUCCCUGGGCCCCACGUCUCCCACGGGCCUGGAGGCGCGGAGAUCAGCUGGGGGCCUUCUCUGCUCAGGGGCUGCUCCGGGUCUGUGUGCUGGGCGCCCGCCAGGGGCCUCUCGGUGCCGAGGGGCUGCCGGGGGUUGCACCCGGGCCCGGCUGUUCCACCUGCGGGGGCCCCAUCGAGGUCCCCACUUCCUUCCUCGAGUCUGAUGCUGAGACGGGGGCGGGGGCCUGCUUUUACCAGUGUGGUUUCCGUGCUGAUGCCUGUGGUGCUGCGGACGAGGAAGUGCAGGGGUCCUGCAAGCUCGGGGAGACCGUUCCCUUUCUGCCUUGCCUUCGCUCCAAGGCUGAGUGGUGAUGCAGAAAGCCGUCUGUCUGGGGCCUUUCACACCCCCAGUCCCAGCCCCUGCCCCCCCCUUCCCCAUGCCCUCCUCUUUGUGGGUGUCUGGAGUUCCCUGCCCCUGGUCCAGACUUCCUGCCUCGGCGCUCGGCCCCCCCGGGAGUGGUCAGCGCGGCCCCCAGUCAGGCCCCUGGAGUUUUCCCCGGUCGCUGUCUCAGAAAUCCUGCUCACAAGCCCUAGGGAGAGCGCGUGCCCCGCGGGAGGAGCAGCGCCUUGUCGCCGGGCCCUUGGGGGCAAACCAAAAGGGACAGAAGUAACCUGGUGGAGCCGAGCCUGCUGCGUGCCGCCUUCCUCGCCCAGACCCCGUGGCCGGGGCCCCGACCACACCAGGUUUUGUGCCGCCUUCCCUGGGCCCAGGAGGCUUCUGCUCCCAAUGCCGCUGCUUGGAUGCCACCGAGUCCUAGGCGUCUGUCUCUGAGCCAGAUCUCCGUGUAGCCGUCCCAGAGGAAUCUCCCUUUUCAUUUCCCAAUUAGGUCAUCCCCGUUAUCCCAGGUUUGGGGAUUCUUUUUGUCUUGUUUUUCUGAGUGAGUCCCCCACCUUAGUUACCCACUUGUCUAACUCAGAUGCCUCUUUCCACUCUCUGGCCCCAACCAGUGCUGUGCUUUGUCAACACCGUUUUCCUGGAAGGGCCCGCUCGGGGAAAGUGCCCACAAGCCCGUCCUCCCCUCCCGAGCCAGGGUCCCCAGAUCCGUGGCCAAGGGUCCUCGUGAGCGAGUGCCCAGAACCAGGCUGCUGCAGGGAGACCCCUCUGUGAUAAGGGGGGAGUGGGCCCCUGAGCUUCCUCCCCCACACUCCACUCGCCUGCGUCUGGGGGGACAGAGGCAGGGGAAGCCCCAAGGCUUUACAGCUCUCCCUCCUGAAGCCCCCCCUUCCUUCCCUCGGCUUCAGUGCUCCCCUUCAUCCCAGCUUUCCUUGUGGCAGUGGGGAGGGAUGUCAGAACCACUGGCUUGGGUCCCAAUGCCGGAACCCUCUGAGAAGGGGUCUGUUUUGAUAAUAAUUUGCUAUUAAGUCUCAAUUUCUCUCAGCCUUUCCCCUCCAUGCAGUCGGGCUCUUAUUAAUCAGGGGAAGGGGUUUUACGUCACCAGGUAUAUGGCCUUCCCUUCGGCUUCCCAGGCAGCUCCAUACUCUUUCCCUCAAGGAAUAAUAAUAAAGCCUUAAUGGGAUUGUUUCCACAUAAGCAGCCCCUUACAGGACAGUCAGGGAGAGAGCGCGAGUGAGCAGUGAGAUUUUCACAAAAAGGAGCCAGGCUGACCCCCCAAAAGCUUUUACAAACAGAGAAGGCCUCGGGCCACUGGACAGAGUUUCUACACUGGAAAAGUGAGAGCACGGAAUGCCCGCGGUGCUGCCCCGGCCCAGGCCGUGGGGGGCCGGUGACAGGGCGUGCAGAUGGACGCCCCAUGCAAGAGGAGGCCCGAUCGGAUCGGGGUGCCCCUGGGACGGGGCGACCGUCUCGACCCCCGCGUGCUCUUGUGUAAAUAGCUUCACUCUUUGUUUUUCCCUUUGUCGUAGAGGAAGAUGUGUUUAUGUAGCUACCACGUAGACAGCGACCAAAUGAGACUGUCCUUGUGCUGCCAAUUUCUACCUGUGACGUACUUGAAGGACGGGGAGCCUCCGGGACCUCCACCCUUUUAUCCUUCCAUAAGUACUUUGUGUUUGUCGCCGUCUGUUUGGGGGGUUUUGUUGUCAUUUCUAUUUUCAGGGACUUUUUGAGGGUUACUCUUUUCCAGUCCCCUUGGUUUGUUGCUAUUUUUUUGGUUCAGCUGGGAUCCAGCAAAUGAAAUGGCAUUUUCAAGGCUGUGUGAUCGUUUUGGGUCUCUUUCCCCCCACAAGGACCCUUGCACAACGAAGAGGGAGAAGAGCCUGUCAGAAAAAUGGUUUUCGGAACAAUAUACUUUUCUGCUUUUUUCAACUGUGUUGACUUUUGUAAGGCACCUCCACCCAAACAAAAACUGUUUAGUACAAAGGAUUUAUUGUGUGUAUUUUGAAAACUUGAAGUGCAAUGUCCCAAGGGAGAAGCUAAGGAGAAAUGUAUAUGCUCAUUGACAUUUUAAAAUAAAAAGAUUAUAUAUAUGUA